AUGGAAGAGGUAGGCGUAGUAGUGGUGACCGAAGCAGACAUGGGCGAAGCAGACAUGGGCGAAGCAGACAUGGGCGAAGCAGACGUGGGAGAAGCAGACGUGGGAGAAGCAGACGUGGGCGAAGCAGACGUGGGAGGAGCAGACGUGGGAGGAGCUGACGUGGGAGAAGCAAACGUGGGCGAAGACACUGCCGCACCGCCAGCAGACGUGGGAGAAGCAGACGUGGGCGAAGACACGGCCGCACCGCCAGCAGACGACGCCGGUGCCAACGCCAAUGUCGAUGCCGAACGGGUGCUCCCCAUAGAGGAGCAGAGCACCAAAUCGUACGACGGCUGCAGCGAGUUCUCAUUUGAUGGCGUGAGUGAGGGCGUGCUGGACUACAUUAAAAAGACGUAUGACAAAAGGAGGAAGUGGAAGCUUAGAGGGAGAAGGAAGUGGGGGAAGAAAGCAGUAGAGAAGGGGGCGGCGGGGAAGGAAGCGGCGGGGAAGGAAGCGGCGGGGAAGGAAGCGGCGGAGAAGGGAGUGCCUGAGAAGGGAGCGGCGGAGAAGGGGGCGGCGGAGGAGGAAGUGCCCGAGAAGGAAGCGGCGGAGGAGGAAGCGCCCGAGAAGGAUGGCUCUAACGAAGAGGCCCCGAACCAUGAUGUUGCAAAGAGAGGUGAUAAAAAAGGAGAGCCCCCCAACGAAGGAGGUGCAAACCAGGGGGCCGCCAACUUAGGAGAUGCAAACCAAAGGGCCGCCGACCUGGCCCCCAUGCUGUCCGAAGAAAACUACACGUACACAGUGCCGGACAAAAACAACUUAGAUGCAAUCGUCCGCAGUUCCAUCAAAACGUACAGCUGCGCCCUCAUGAAGAAAAUCCUCCUCCAGGGAAAAAUGUUCAUUACCCACGACAGCGUCUACUUCAUGUCCCUCUUCGAUUCUCUGUUCUCAAAAAUUUCCAUUGUGCGCAUUCCAUACGAGUCUAUAGUAGCUGUACAGAAAAUGAGCGUCUUUAAUUUUAUCCCCAAUGCUUUGAAAAUUGUUGCGAAAAACAAGUCCUUCGUUUUCACGUCCUUUGUACACAGGGAUCAUGCGCAUGACUUUAUUAUGCAUAUGAUGCGUGAUAACAGGUUGGCUAGUGAGAUCCCCAAGAAGGGAGUCGUUCUGUACAACAGUGAGGAGAGGGGAGAGGAGGAAGAAGAAGAAGAGGAAGAAGGAGAAGAAGGAGAGGAAGAGGAAGAUGACGAUGAGGAAGACGAUGAGGAUGGGGAUGGAGGCGGCGAAAACGAAGCGACGAAAGAGCCAAGCCAAGGGGAAGGACCCACCGGGCAGGGUCAGCCAAAUCGGAGGAGGAAGAAGAAGAAACGCCCCCAUCUACGGAGCGAAGCGAAGAGUUCGAAGAAGCAGCAUGACGAGUCCGUCGUUUACAACAUCACGCCGACGCAGUACGACAUACUAAUGAAGGACCAUCCCGAGCGGACGGAAGAGCGGAUGGAAGAGCGGACGGAAGAGCUGGCGGAAGAGCGGACGGAAGAGCGAGCUGACGAAGAGCAAAACACAGGAAGAACCACCCCUCCAAACAAAGAAAAAAAAGAAUAUAUAGUCAUACAAACGAGAAGCGAGACUGUACAACAAAACAUUACAAACAAAGAGGAAGAUCUGAUGAGGGAAAAAAAUUUUAUAAAAUGCAACUACCACACUGAUAGUCUACACAUAAAUGAAGAUUUUAAAAAAAUAUUCAUCGACAUCUUCUCCCAAUUCGAUGAUAAGAACCCGUUUGUGAAAAAUGUUCAGGACAAGAACCCAAACAGUUUAAGUUAUGAGCACUUGAACAAUUUGAAUAGGGAACUACAGAGCAAGGGACACGUUUCGUACGAAUCCGUUUAUAAUAUAUCUCUGUUUGAUGAUGAGAAGAGAGUGUUUGGCAUGCCUGCACGAUCUGACGUGAAGGAAAAUUUAUCUUUUUUUUUUCUCCAUAAUGUCAUUAUCAUACAGAAAUGCGUUGUUCUUCUGUGCAGUGUACCGCUAGCUGGAUGCUUCCGUACAGUCAUCACACUCACGCUGCACAAUGUGCUCCUGGAGGGGGAAACGGACAACAGUGGGGGGGGAAAAACGGGGCAAGCCUCCCAUGGAGGAACCUCCAGCGGGGGGACUUCCAACGGGGGGACUUCCAACGGGGGAACCUCCAACGGGGGGACUUCCAACGGGGGAACCUCCAACGCGGGAACCCCCUGCACACACAUCGACUUCGCUUACGACAUCGAAUUUAUAAAGCACACCUUUUUCAAGUACCAAAUAAAAAACAACGCCCUACCUGAGCUGGAAAUCUCCGUCAACAAUCUGAAGAGGUACACACAGGAAGCGAUUGAACGUAGGUAUAUACAGGCCGGCGCAACAAAUAGGGAUAAUAACACGCAAACUGAUCACUACACCUUUGUAAAGGACUACGUCGACAUAAUGACAAUUGGUGAAGAGAAAACUUUCGAUAAUACCAACAGUACGGGGCCCGCGGAAACGGCUGUUCAGUCGAAUGACAGCGCUUCUUCGGCAGAGCCAUUGCACACUGCGGCGUGGUCCACCGCGAAGAGGUACUUCAAGGCAGAGUUUAAUCCCCUGUCGCAGAGUGUGCGCCACAGACUGGUCGUUCGGAGCUUCCUGGUGUCCAUUCUUGCAAUAGUGAUGUACAAAAUAAUUGAGUUAAUUUUCCAGUCGGGAAAAAUGACUCAUUCCAAAUUGGGAUAG